AAAUACUGUCAAUAAAGUCAAAUCCUCAUCUCUGAAAGAAAACUGUUCUUGGGUGAAAAUUUUGGUUUUGUUUGUUGUUUUUCGCGAAUAAAAUCACAUAAUGGCUUCAGUGAAAGAUGUUGCUAGUUUGUAUCAUAACCUCAAAACGGAAUGGGCAAAGAAACCCCCCAAAUUGGAUAAAUGCGGCGAAUUGUUAAACAAAAUAAAGGUUGGUCUUACUCAACUAACAUUUCUACCAAGCAACAACACAGCAGCAAACCAGAAAGAACUGAUUUUAGCCAGAGAUGUGCUGGAAAUAGGUGCACAAUGGGCAGUGGCUACUAAAGAUGUCAAAGCAUUUGAACGCUUUAUGUCUCAGUUGAAAUGCUACUAUUUUGAUUACAAGGACCAUUUACCAGAAUCAGCAUAUAUGUACCAGCUACUUGGCCUGAAUCUCCUAUUCCUGCUAUCCCAGAACAGGGUGGCUGAAUUCCACACUGAGUUGGAACGCUUAUCUGUGGAUGUUAUCAGAGCCGAUCCUUAUGUGCGACACCCUUUGGCUUUAGAGCAGUAUUUAAUGGAGGGCAGUUACAAUAAGAUAUUCCUGGCGAAGGGCAAUGUCCCAGCAGAAAGCUACACAUUCUUUAUGGACACCCUACUAGAUACAGUGAGAGGGGAGAUAGCUGCGUGUAUCGAGAAGGCCUACCUUUGUAUAUCUUGUGCUGAGGCAGCAAGACGCUUGAACUUGGCUUCACAGCAGGCUGUUCAUGAAUAUGGCAAGAAGCGUAAUUGGGUGCUGGGCGCGGAUGGCUGUUAUCACUUCAACGCGGCCGAGGAGACCUGCGCAGCCGCCGCCGGGACUCUGCCGUCCGCGGAGCUCGCAGAACAAACCAUAGAGUACGCUAGGCACCUCGAGAUGAUUGUCUAGAUUACUUUAAUUUUUAGGGUACCUACAUAAUGUGCAUUAAUAUUUCCAAGAGAAUUUGAUAUUAAAAAUAAACUAAAAAUUAGAAUUC